AUGUCCGCGUCCAUCUUAGUGACCAUGACAGCCCAAAAGGCGACCAGUAUUUUGUGGCCGCACAAGGUGAAGGUCGUGUUCUCGGCAAGGUUCGCCAAGACCUUAAUGAGCGGCGUUCUCGCAUUUUUCAUCGUCCUUAAUUCUCAUCUCUUGUAUGGCAUGACACUGACUUUGCCUUUAAAUGCCACGACACCCAAGUGUUUUGACAUGUACAUUGGUUCUGACUAUGGACAUUUUUUCUACAACGUCUGGGGCUGGGUGGACACCGUCUUCUGUAGCCUCGCUCCUGUCGUCCUUCUCUUAGUCUCUAACUCCGUGCUCAUCUGGAAGGUGGGUCAGUCUCUACAAGAGGCCAGAAAACGGUUUUCGGCAGGAAACACAGAUCAGUUACGUGCACGUGAGAAGAAAACGUCGUCCAUGACAGUGACGUUGAUUGCAAUAUCCGUUACAUUUCUGCUUCUGACGUCACCAUUUUCUGUGUACUUAAUAUUCAGGGAAAGAUUCUUUGAUAGCGCGGAUAAGGAACAGUACAUCGCCGAUGCUAACGACCUUACCUACGCUGUUUUACAUUUCUUGUGGAUUGGCAACAACGCCGCGACCUUUUACCUCUAUUGUCUGACCGGCGCAAAAUACCGAGAGAAGUUUGUGAGUGUCGUGUUCCGGAAUAGAAUUAAGAAGCGAGUUGUAGAAAAAUCUACAAACACACUUGAGGGUCGCUGUCAGGUCGCUAUUCUCAGCGGUCCAUAG